GAGAGGAGGAGGUUAGUGAGUGGAGAGGAGGAGGUUAGUGAGCGGAGAGAAGGAGGUCAGUGAGCAGAGAGGAGGAGGUUAGUGAGCGGAAAGGAGGAGGUCAGUGAACAGAGAGGAGGUCAGUGAGAAGGGUUAGGGGGUUAUAAUUUUAGUCAGACUAGAAUGCACUUCAGAUUUAGACCAAAUACAAAUGUAAAAUAUGGUAUGUAAAAGAACUCAUAUGGUAAAAUUUGUAAACAAUUUUGUGAAUCCCUGAGAACCUUCAGAAAAAACAUGAUGCUAACCAAAAUCAUAUGAAGGAAUCUGUGUGUGUGUGUGUGUUUGUUUGUUUGCUUGUGUGCAGAUUAUGUCUAAGUGCAUGUUACUUUUUUUGAGAGUGUGAGGUUAAGAGAUUGUGUGUGAGCUUGUUAUGUACUAUAUGUCUGAUUUACAUAAGUAUGUAUGUAUGAGUUUGUGUCCAUCACACUUUUCCACAUAUAAGCUCGCCAGCCUAUUUUACAAAUAUGUGUAGCUAGCUGCACCGUUUACUAUAAAACUAAGAUAUUCGCAAGACAUUGGCUGAGUUUCAUCCGCCCCUCCUCGAGAAAAGGAUUUCUGCAGCGGUGUAGCCCCAAAUGGGAGGGGUAUAUCUCCAGAGAGGAGUUCUUUGACUCCUGAAUGGGCUGAGUUUAACUGUAAAAUGGGAGAUGCGAACUGAUUAGGAGUUGCUGGUCAGAGGUGAAUGCGUCUGUGCUGUUCCCAGGGUCCCGUUGGCCCGUUAUGGGACUGCUCUUGUCUCCUAGUAACUGGCUGCUUGCCUGAAUUUCCUUCUCUGGACAGUCUGCCUCUUUUCUGUCAUGAUUUAAUUCCAUUAAUGUGUUUUUUAUGCAACUAAUGUUUAUGUACUCUCAUGGAUCUUCCACAACAAAUACAGCUAGCUAACGUUAUUAACUGGAGUGCUUUAAGUAUUAUAGCAUGCUAGCUGUCUAUCUAGCUAGCCUUUUAUAACAUAAUGCUUGUUGUAUGCUAGGUUGCUGUAUAGUCAUCUCCCCUGCACACCGUGAUUGCUGUUGUUGUAUAUUCACUUGCAGCUUCAGUGUUGUUUUGUUACUAACAUACUCUGAGACUGUGUGUGCAAUGUGACAUUAGAGGUAUAGUACCCCUCUGUAUAACCUGUGGUUAUUGUUUGUACUCCUGCAGAUAAUUACUGUGUUCGUUCAUGGCUGCCAUUUUGGACAGUGGUCAGUUCCACUGUAAGAUGAACUACUGUGUUUAUAGAUGUGGGGAACUAAAGCAGGGCUAGCGCAGAGCUCAUCACAGCAAGCUCUGUCACCACUGACAACAAGCCCGAGGAGAUGCAUGAAAUGGUUUCCAGGAUACCAGCUGUUACCAGGGAUACAUUUUACGUUUUAGAGUGUCUGUCCAGAGGCUCCGAAAAUAAAAGAGAAAGAGGAGGAAAUGUGUCUACAAUGCUAUCCCUUUUAAUGAUGAUCAGCGAUCAUAAGACUGAACAAGUGGGUUAAGUGAAUGCUCUACUAGUUUGAUGAUAUUCAUUUUUUAAAAUAAUUCUGCUGUUUGUGACAGUUGCAAGAAAAUGUACUAUUACACUUAUUUGGGCCAUCGGCAAUAAAACAAAUGAAUGGCACCUGCACAAACACCUGGAGAGGACAGGUAGAGAUGGGCAGGGCUGUGACAGGGGUACUUACUGAUUUAUUUAUAACAGGUACAUAAAUAGGUUUUAUUUAUUUUAAAGAAUUGUAAACCAUUUGGCUUUCUUGUGUUUUUCACACAAAGAGGAAGAGAGAGCUCUGAAAUGAAGUGUUUUACAGAGCAGCGAGGCACUGAGUCCAAAGACACUGAAGAUUAAUAUUACAGGGAGUGUCCUUGUGGAGACAGCAUUACAGAUAUCAUUCAGACCUUUAGACCAUACAGAGGGAAACUGUUACAAGCUGAAUGGCUUUGUACAGCACAGCAUGCCUCCCACUGUAAGGCAUGCAGGCCGGCCUUUUCCAUCUUUUCAUAAUUUUAUAUUUGCCUGAAUUUAUUUUAAGACAUUUGAUUGAGCUCUUAUUUAUUGUCAUUAUUCUGUGGGUAAAUAGGUGCUGAUGUAUCUGAACUUACGCUUUGCUUCAGUGCUUCUGUGUGUUAUUGCAAUCUAGUGAAAGAAUGACCUCAAUGCAGGAAGUAAAAAAAAAAUAAUAAAAAAAAUCAUGGCUCCAUUAUUAUAGAAAGGUCAUCAAGACUUCCAACAUCAUCAAGGACACCAUUAUAGCGAAGCGUUUAUCAUCAUCAUCAUCAUCAUCAUCAUCAUCAUCAUCAUCAUUUUCCUCAGCAUCAUUAUCAUCAUCAUCAUCAUCAUCAUGUUCUGAGCCAGCACAGUCAUCAUCAUCAUCAUCAUCAUUAUCAUUAGGGCUGGUAAUCAUCCAGGCAGGUUUCAGCAGCUCAAUAUAAGGCGAGCUGGAGCCAGGCCUUCCUCAGUCUCUCUCCCUGCAGCUGGGAGCAAAGAGGCUUCUGCUGUCCUCCACUCCUCCUCUCCUCUCUUUCCCUCCUGCUCCUCUCCUCCUCUCUUUCCCUCCUUCCCUGUCUGUGUUUCCUUCGCUCACUGUAACAUGAGAAUAGACUACAUCUGCUUCCAGUGUAGCACUUUGUCUCCAGCUCAUUUGAUGCAGAGCUACUUACUUACUGCAGGGCUGAUUGGAUGCUUGUGAUUGGUUCCUGUUGUAGACACGGCUGAGCUGAUUGGUUUGGAGGAGUUCCCCCUGUGCUUCACUCCCCUCAGCAUGGAGAGCCAGGCAGACCACGCCCAGGACCCUGAGAGCGAGGCGGAGGAGGGCGGAGCUUGUGCAAGCUGCGGCCAAUCACUGAGCCUGGCUGGGCCGUACUGCCCACGCUGUGGAGACCGAGGGAAAGGGCGGGGCUUCCGCUCAGACCCCGCCCCCCAUGCCGAUGAGGAUGAGGAUGAGGAUGAGGCGCUGCAGGGCGGUGGAGAGGAAGGUGGGGACGGCCCCCCCAAACUGCACACCUGCAAGCUGUGCAGCUUCUCCUCCCGCUACUCCAACCACCUGAAGCGGCACAUGAAGACGCACAACGGCGAGAAGCCGUACCGCUGCCCGCUCUGCGCAUACGCGUCUGCGCAGCUGGUCAACCUGCAGCGCCACCUGCGCAUCCACACCGGCGAGAAACCCUACAGCUGCGCCCACUGCCACUUUGCCUGCAGCUCCCUGGGCAACCUGAAGAGGCACCAGCGCAUGCAUGCGCAGGAACAGCACAGUCACUGCAGCACCCCGCUGCACAGGCAUGUGACAGGACAGGCUGCAGCGGAGGGGACGGAUGAGUCUGCUGGAGAGGCUGUGCUGCGCUCUCAUCACCAUGGCGACCACCUGAACCCAGGGAAUGACCCACCACAGGAUGCAGGCGGGACUGGAGGUGGGGCUAGGGCAGUGGGUGUGGCCAAUGCCCUCCCGGAGCUGCUGUUCCCCUUCACCUGCCGGCUGUGCGGGGUGGUCCUGGACGACGAGGACGGCACGUCUGCGCAGAUCUGCAGCAGCUGCACGCUGGACAUGCUGACCAAGGCCCCGCCCAGCAGCCCGGGGGAGAGGGGCGAGCGGGUGUUCUCCUGCGCCCUGUGCUCCUUCACCACCCAGUACCCCAACCACCUGGCCCGCCACAUGAAGACCCACAGCGGGGAGAAGCCCUACAAGUGCCCCCAGUGCGACUACGCCUCCGCCCACUUCGACAACCUGAAGCGCCACCACCGCGUGCACACGGGCGAGAAGCCCUACAAGUGCCACCUGUGCGACUACGCCUGCGGCAACCUGGCCAACCUCAAACGGCACCAACGGAUCCACUCCGGCGCCAAGCCCUUCCAGUGCGCCGUGUGCAGCUACAGCUGCAACCAGAGCAUGAACCUGAAGCGGCACAUGCUGCGGCACACCGGUGAGAAGCCCUUCUGCUGCCAGGAGUGCCCCUACACCACCGGCCACUGGGACAACUACAAACGGCACCAGAGGAAGCAUGGCCACUCCGCACAUGGCUGGGUCAAAGUGCAGCUGCCCCACACCGAGGAGGAGGAGGACGAAGAGGAGGAGGAGGAGGAGGAGGAGGAUGUGUAGCUGCUUACAAGUGUGUGGGGAAGGGUGUAUGUGUGUGUGGAGGGGGAGUAAGU